UUUUUCAUUGGUCGUGUUUCUGAAAUAAUGUUUUUGGUUUUGAUAAUCCUUUAAUUUUUGGUAUUUCGUAAUUUAAUUGUCAGUCAUUCUAAUUGCUGCAUUAUUGAGGGCUGUUAUCUCUCCGUGAAAUCACAAACUCUCUCUCCUAUUAAUGUAACAAGUUGUGAAGGAAACUUGCUAUGCUAACAUUUCUCAAUCUUUAUUGUUUUGGAUGUGGCCAAGUGUAUAUUGGAUAUGAUGAAAGGGAAAUAUGAGGUAUUCAUGGGAAUCUUGAUUGAGAUGAUAUGUGGGGAUCUUUUUUAAUUAUCGAGUGCGAUUAACAACAUUUUCUAUUUUCAUUUUCUUCAAGUUGCCAGAAUUACAAAUUUAUUAGAUAUCAACUUGUUUAUUUAGUUAGGCUUGUUUUGUUCAGUGGUAUGCUUGUUUGUGAGAUGCAGUGUUGGAAAGAUCGACUCGGGCCGGGUACUCAGCCCAGGCCUGAGUCCCAAUAACUCGGGUGAGUCUGAGUUGGCUAGCUGGAGUAAUCAAACACUGGUGAGAUGGGUUGCUUCUUGCUCCACUGGCUAGUGUUUGGGACUAGUCAUGUGCCAUUCAUGAAUUUUGGGACUUGCGAGAAGAUGGAAAAGCCAUUGGUUUCUUGCAGGCAUGUGUUUUCCCUUUGCCAUCCAAUUCCGCCCUUGAUGCUUUUGACGGAGCUAUUAUGUGGCGACUUUGGUAAUGAAAAUGUUGAACUUGUUAAAAGCAUAGCAGAACUUAAAGCCCCCAAAGCAGCAAUUCUGGGGAACCAUGAUGCUUGGUAUACUCAAAAGUUUUCAGAAACGAGGUUGGACGGUGUGAGGGCUCAGCUGGAGAGCCUAGGUGAGGCACACGUUGGCUAUGACCGUUUGGACUUCCCGGAGAUAAAGAUCAGUGUUGUUGGUGGACGCCCAUUUUCUUCUGGAGGUGGCCAACUUUUUCGCCGCAAACUUCUUUCUUCAAGGUAUGGAGUGCAUGAUAUGAAAGGAAGUGCAAAGAAAAUUUGUGAUGCUGCUCAAGGAACUCCAGAUGGUCAUUCCAUCAUUCUUCUUGCUCAUAAUGGACCUACAGGCCUGGGAUCUGAGAUGGAUGAUAUUUGUGGGAGAGAUUGGGUACCUGGAGGCGGAGACCAUGGAGAUCCAGACCUCGCUCAGGCUAUCGCAGACUUGAAAAGCAAUACUCGGCUUUCCAUUCCUUUGGUUGUCUUUGGGCACAUGCAUAAAAAUUUACAGCUUAGAAAUGGCACACGAAGGAUGUUGGUUUUAGGUGCUGAGAAGACAAUUUACUUGAAUGCAGCUGUUGUCCCUAGGGUCAGAGGUCUCAUCAGCAAAAAGGGUUCUGGCUCCACUGUCCAUAAUGAUGCGCAUGAAGUCAAAUCUAAAGGUACCAUUCGUCAAUUCUCUGUUGUUGACAUUCUGAAUGGCAAUUUGGAGAAAAUAGCAGACACAUGGAUAUCAGUUGUUGGGGAUUCUGUUGCACUCCAAGCUGAGGAUGUCCUGUUCAGAAGACAGCAUUAAAUGAUAUGUUGUCAAUAUUUGUCUUUUAAUUAGAGCUGGGAGUGCUGAAGCCUUUCUAUAUGGGCAUGUUGCAUGUGUAUUUAUUAUUAAUUGCUGAAAUUGUUUAGCUGUCUUUGUUGGGUUGUCUAUCUGUUGUAUCUGUUGUGCAGAUCUAUUAAUGCUAGCAUAUUAAGCUUUUGUAGUUUGUUAUAAUGUCGAUGUAAUUUAAUUAAUUGAGAUUGUAGAA